AAAGCAAAAUUAUGCAGUCUGCUAUGGAAAAACUAAACACGCCUCUUGAUUCAGCAGUUUGGAGAACCACCUUUAGCAGCAAUAACUUGAAGUACUCAUUUUCUGUGUCACUUUAUUGGUCUCUCACAAUGUUGUGGAGGAAUUUCAGCCCACACUUUUUUACAAUAUUGCUUUACCUGCUCCCUAAUCUCACUACAGAGCACAGUGUCUUUCAUUGAGGAAUGUGGCACUGAUUUAUAUACGCAGCUCUCUUAAAGUCCCAACACAGCAUUUAAAUCAGACUGAGGGAUGGUCUUUAACUUUUGUUCUUUAACUAUUCUUUUGUAGAUUUGCGCUGCUUUGGGUCAUUGUCCUGUUACAUGACCCAAUUUGGGUCAAACUUUGGCUGUCACCUUAUGCAAUUAGUCUUUAUAUAUGCUUGUAUUUUCUUUUAUUUGACUGCUUUUCUGUUUCUUAACACUUUUUGGGUUCCAGCUUGGAUGUAUGCAAAUUAUCCUACCUCGUCCCCCGCCCCUUUCUUUUCUUUGUGUUUUUUUCCCCAUCAUAUUCAAUCAAAUCUGCAAAGUUUGUGACUUUUUGGUGACUUGUAACUUUCCCUGAGGAGUAGGGCAUGAUAAAUCUAACCUUCUUUGGACUAUAGAAAACAAAACAAAACAAAACAAAAGCCCUUCCCUUUUUAUACACUGAAGUAAAAGUCAGACUUUAGAAAAGUGUAUGCCCUGCAGAACCAAUCAGAAUGUGGGACAGAAGGACAAAGGAUAAAAAUGCUGUCCAGUCCUGCGUAAAGUGGGACAUCCGAUCACCCUUGUCCUGCACCACCCUCACAUACUUGUCUCCCACUCCUGACAGUACCACAGUUUCUCUCCUGGCGCCCUUUCAUGUGCCUUCUCUAUAUCCACAAAGACACGGUCCAGCUCCUUCUGACCUUCUCUAAACUUCUCCAUCAACACUAUCAAAGCUUAAAGUUGAAAAGUAAUAAUGAUAAUAAUUGGAAAAAUAGAGUAACCGCUUAUUCAAGUACACCAGUAUGGCUAAGUGAUACGUGGUGGCGCUGUAGAGUCAACAUACCGACUAUUCAGGCCACGAAGAAAAGCACAACGACGGAAGUAAAGAAGACAAACCGGAACAUAAACAAAGGCUCAUCGUGACUCUAAAAGAGUGAUCCUGUGACACCUGUUUUUUUCUGGAUUAGAGAAAUGAAAACUGUCUCUCUGUUAGGGUCUGGUGUGUUGUGAUGUGAUGUCCGUGUUUGUACCGAUCACCAGCUUUGUGCGCAUGCGGCUCACAUGGAGAGGCUCUCUGCUGCUUAGACCCCCUCCCACUGGAUUCAGGUUUGUGUUGGCAGCCGGUAAAAAGGACCUGAUAGACCUUCCUGUCCUGGUCGAGGAUGAGCUCGAAGAGCAGUUUGUGAGAGGAUCUGGACCCGGAGGACAGGCGACCAACAAAACCAGCAACUGCGUGGUGCUCAAGCACAUCCCCACUGGGAUCGUGGUGAAGUGCCACCAGACCAGAUCUGUGGACAUAAAUCGAAAACGUGCCCGAGAGAUUAUGAGGGAGAAACUCGACGUUGCGUACAAAGGAGAGCUCAGUGAAGUUGUGACGAAGAAGAAGGAGUCUGUGCUCAGGAAGCAAGAAAAGAGGAGGAAGGCCAACGAGAACCUGGAGAGAAAGAGACUGUUCAAAGAAGCGCUGGCUGCAGACUCCAAGCCCGGAAAUGACACUGUAUGAGUGGUGUGUGUGUGUGUGUGUGUGUGUGUGUGUGUCGGUGAGGUCAGAGAUACUUGAAUGAUCCUGCACGUUGUGUCUGUAAAGCCUCAGUCUGAAGAAGUGCUGUCAGCGCUGAUAACAAGAUUUUAUUUGUUUAGCUUCAGACAGGCACAGUAUCAGUGUGUCAUAUAAGGAUUAAAAUAAAGUUAAAAAUCA